UUAAAAAUUGAAACAAUGGCAUACGACUUAAAAAAGGAGUCAGAUGUAAAGGAGUACAUCGAAAAGCUGGGCAUCGAGUAUCGAUUUGGCUGUUAUUCAGAGAAGAAACCGGAAGCUUGCCACCUGCUGGGAGACUAUCUUGAGGGCAUCAAGAAGGACUUUGAAAAAGCGUCAAAGGUAUAUAAAUCGACUUGUGACGAUUAUGGUUACGCAAAGUCCUGUUAUAAGUUUGGCAACUAUAGCAUUUUGGGAAAGGGAAAGAGCGGCAGCAAGGGUGAGCCCCGAGUGGCGUACCAGUACUACGAGAAGGGAUGCAACUUAAACGAUUCCGAUGCCUGCCUCCACUCUGGCCUGUUGCUUGUCUCGCGCUCCAUGCCCAAAGAGAUUGACAGAAAUGUGCCCAAGGGUCUGGAGUUCCUCACAAAGAGCUGCGACAUGAACAAUGCAAACGCCUGCUUUUAUUUGUCCGGGAUGCACAUCUCUGGCAUUCAAAAGAGGACAGAGUCAGGUACUGUGGCUACCGGCAAUGGACCCACGCCCGCCAAAACGCUAAAGGACUCCGACUACAUUUUGCUCAAAGACAUGAAGAAGGCAUUUCAGUUUGCCCACAAGGCGUGCGAGUUGCGCAACGUGUACGCGUGUGCCAACCUAAGCCAGAUGUAUGCUCGAGGCGACGGUAUCGAGAAAAACGAGAAAGAGGCUGAGAAGUACAAGAAGCUAGCUCUGGAGUUACAGGAGGAGAUGAAGAAGAAGCAAGAAACGCUCGGCUUUCAGCAGGGCGUCGGCAUGCCAAACUGAUUCAACACUAUAUCCAUUUCUACACGUGUUUCGUACUGCAGUAAAAUCGAGCACCCAACUGUCUACUCAGCAAUUAGCAAUUACUUCUGUUUCUUCCCCCACUUAGUUCAAUGUAUCGUUUGCAUGUGUGUUGUUUAGUUCCCUGCCUUACUUUCCUCUUCAAUCUGACCAUUGUGGUUCUACGAACUAGCAAGUGUGUUUUUAGUUUCAGUGUAAAUAGGGGGCAUGUGCGUUUUUGGCAUGUGCACGGGAAAGAGCGCGCGGCGGACGACGAAAACAAGAUCGGCGCUGCGCAAUCGAAGACAAGAAAAUAUUAAUUCCUAGACUUAAUUGUUACUGUUACCAAGAAUUACAAAAAAAAAUCUUACAUAAUUAUGUUGAUACCCUUAUUUUAAAUACAAACAAGUCCAGCCAGGACCAUAGACCAAA